AUUGAAUUUUCAAACAAAUUGAAGAACUUUAACUAUUUUGUCACAAGUUCCAAUCAGUGUAUCAUUUUACAGUUGUAUUUUCCCGAAUUAAAUUCACCAAUUUCUCGCCAAAGUACGUCUUCGAAUUCCGAUUGUUUUCCCCAGCAGCAGUAUGGCCCACAACGCAACAAUGUCUCGCAAAUCGAAAGCCCUUCGAACGGAUCUACCAUCUAUAUACCAUCAGCAGCCGCAGACUCAGCCUCAGGAUGAUAUGGGGCCGCCCAGGGAGAAGAUCUCUAAGCUAAAUGCCAGUCGCGAUGUGCAUCAUCUGCGCCGGUGUAAGACCACCAAGCACUGCGUGGUGGACUGUUCCAGCAAGAACUCGAAGGUGAUCGUCCACGAUCUCAAUCGGAUGGAUGUGGACCAGCAUAUCGAUCUCGGCCACGCCGCGAAGCACACAUUUCGCACCAUGGGAGGUGGAGGGGGAGCAGCUGCAGCAGCCGCAGCAAUUUCCGCAGCAGCGGCGAGUGGAUCCCAGAAAUACCAGAGCAAGGUCAGUCUCAGCAAAGAAGCAUCGAAGACCACACGAUCCUCAAUGGCUGCGUCCAGUGUCAAGAAGCAGCCAGCAUCGCCGGCCAAGGAUUUCAGGGACUUGAAGGUAAGCAAAGACGUGAAAGAAAUGAAGGAAUUCAAGGAGUUGCGGGAGGCCAGGGAGCACAAGGAGCUGAAGCCCCACAAGGACAAGGAAAUCAAGGAGGUCAAGUCGCCAAAGGGAAACCACACUCACCGCCAUCCUCGUCACACGACCGCCAACCGCACCAAGACCUACUUCGACAAAUACCUCAAGUUCGCCUUCGACUUGAGUACUCCGGAAGGUGUCAAGCAAUUGGAGGACCACUUCUUUCCAAAUCCCCAGCCCGGUGACCAGAACACAUUAGCCCCCGGUGACAUAUCUCAGUCGGCAGAGUCGAAAGGUAACUGAUUUGAAAAGGAUCGAGUGCUACUUAUCGCGAGAAGAGAAUCCUAAAGUGUGGGUGCGGCAAAAUUAACGCGUAUUUAGCUCGUUGAUGCUCGAAAUGAAGCAAAACACAACAUACUCAAUGAGACGAUGCAGAAGUUAAAUAUAAAUUAAAAUAACGCGAAUUUUCAUUAUUUUUGGCUAAUAAAUUAUAACAUAAAUAGCCUGAAUGCACACAAAAACUCUUUAUAAAUCUACCCAUCAUUUUUGAUACGGAAAUUCUUGUUUUUGGAUAAUAAACUUUAAGCUUUGUUAUACAAAUGACAUUUGAAUAAAAUGGAAAACAAUUUUCUUUCUCA